CGCGGCCACGUUGCGCGGCGCCCGCCGGGAAGAAUGCAGCUGGCACAGGUCUGCUUUGCUCCCGCCUCCAUCAAACUGACGCCGGGCUUUCCCACUUUCGCAAAUCGGUUACAUCAUCAUCACCACCACCAAAACCAACACCAGCAGCACAACAACAACCACCAGCAGCAGCAGCAGCCAGCGUUUGAUGUGGAAUUGUGUUUGAGGGAUGAUCCGCGCACGUCCCCAGACGACGCGGAGCGGGCGAGCGCUCUUCACAAACUCAGCCUCGGCAUGAACGCGCAGCCGGGGCGCUUCUCCUUGACGCCCUCCAAGGGCAAUCACCCCGAGGACCAGCAGCAGCAUCACCACCAGCACCAGCAGCAGCAGCAUCAUCACCAGGGCAGGAUUCCGCUCUACUUCGGGGAGCUGAGCUGCGAGGCGCGCCACGCAUUCGAAGAGAGCGCUGAUCGCUUCGCCACCCAGGCAGCCGCCAGUGGCGGAGGCGUCAUGUUCCCGUACGUGGGGCAGCAAGUGGCGGGCAGCCACCCGGCAUUCCCCAUGGGCAGCCCUGGCCGCUACGUGUCGGCGCAGUCCAUGCUGUCUGGCGGCCCUUACGGGACCUUCCUGACACCCUCGGGCAGCGCGCAACCCUUCUCUGGCUACUCGUACCCGCAGCAGUACGCGCACGGGUACCACCAGGGCGGAUCCUUCUACCCGCUGGGGCCGCCGCAGCCCGGUCUGGCGCCGGGCAAGGCGCACGUGUACCUGUGCAACCGCGCGCUCUGGCUCAAGUUUCACCGCUUUCAGACGGAGAUGAUUAUCACGAAGCAGGGCAGACGCAUGUUCCCCUUCCUGAGCUUCACGGUGUCGGGACUCGACCCCACGGCACAUUACAACGUGUUCGUGGACGUGGUCCUCUCCGACCCCAAUCACUGGCGCUUCCAGGGCGGCAAGUGGGUGCCCUGCGGCAAGGCUGACACCAACGUGCAGGGUAACCGCGCCUACGUGCACGCGGACUCGCCCAACUCGGGCGCUCACUGGAUGCGCCAGGAGAUCUCCUUCGGCAAGCUGAAGCUCACCAACAACAAAGGCGGUACCAACAACACGGCGCAGAUGAUCGUGCUGCAGUCGCUGCACAAGUACCAGCCGCGGCUGCACGUCGUGGAGGUGAGCGAGGAGGGCGUGGAGGAGGCCGUGGCACAAGCGGCGCGAGCCCAGACCUUCACCUUCCCCGAGACACAGUUCAUCGCUGUCACCGCCUACCAGAACACGGACAUCACACAGCUGAAGAUAGAUCAUAACCCCUUUGCCAAAGGCUUCCGGGACAAUUAUGAUUCCAUCUACCCGGGCGUGGACCUGGACCGCCUCACCCCGUCACCACACGACCCCUUGCGCCCGCACUCGCUGUUCGGGCCGCGUUACGACAGCGGCUCCCUCCUCUCCGAGCGAUUCGGCUCCCCGUCCUACGGCUCGAAGUUGGCCGCAGCCUUCAACGACAGCGAACGCGCCGAGCGCUGGCUCAUGGGAACACUGCCGCAGUCUCCCUUCGAGCCCGACAUGGGGGCCAUCGGCGGCGCCGUGGGCGGCGGAGGCGGCGGAGGCAGCGGCGCGGGAGGCGGCGCGGGAGCCGGCUCCCUCCUAUCCUAUGGCUUCAAACCGAUGGCGCUGCCGCCCAGCCCCUCGUGCUCGCUGAGCUAUUACGCGGCCGCUGAACACGGCGCCUUGGGCACGGCCAGCGACUGGAGCAAGUCCUGGGGGCGAAUGCCGCACCACCUCCAGCAACAGUAUCAUCAACCUCAUCAUCCACAUCAUCAUCAUCAGCAGCAUCAGCAGCAGCAGCCUUCGACUGCUGGAUUUUCCGCGGACGCAUGCAGUAGCAGCACAUCCAUGUUCCAGGAGCUGCAGCAGAUCGGUGGGGUGGUGGGGGUGCCCGAGGAGGUGCGGCCAGACAAGCUCCUGGAGAGCCCCCCCUCCAGCAAGUCCGCCGAGUCCGGCGACUCCGGGGUGUUCGAGAGCGGCGGUGCCGGCGCGGCGGCGGUGGAGGACGUGUCCGCCAAGAAGCGGCGUCUCUCGACCGAGGUCGAAGAGGGCAUUUCCGGGCAGCACAAGCGGGAUACCGACUCCCCUGUCCUUGCUCCUCCCUCCGCUGCUACAUUGUCGGGUGGCGGUAGAGAAUUCGCCAAAAGCUGCCUCAAGGAAAAUCCAGCCCCCUGCUUUGGCGAAUACUACGAGCCGGAGUAGUGGCGGAGACAGUCGCCUCUGAUUUCGGUGAGGACCUCUGGUCUCACGACGAUGAGCUGACGAUGGUGGUGUUGUUGCUGUUGUUGGUUUGUUACAUUUUUGUAAGAUAUAAUUAUUUGUUUUAGAGAAAAAGAUACCCGUUCUCUUCGAGUGUGUGCGAGUAACGUACCAGAGCAGUGUUACCCCCAAGUCAAUCAACAUCAACGAAAUGCACUCUUUUUUUCUUAUUUUGGCACGUGAUGGCGUGUGCAAUAAUUGUGCUUGCUUUGUGAACACUCACACGUGGCCAAUAUUAGCACCGCCGUCACGCGUGCUCUUGUUGAUAAAUUGUAACGUUACUUUUACAACCGAAUGAAAGAGAGAUGCACGCGUCGUUUGUAAAUGCGUAAAAGGGAAUCCUUUUGUAUUGUUCCUUCGUAUUGACGUCAAUUAACACGUGUAAGUCCAGUUACGAGUUCCAUAAUAUUCAUGAAGUGACAUGUUCCCUCAUCUCAAAUGUAUUUACUUUCAAAACUAAGGGAAAAUAUCGUUGAAGGUAUUUCAGCAACUUACCACAGAUUCACAUUUUAACGAAACGGCCCAAACACUUCUCUCGUCACGGGAGUUGCGCGUUUAUAAACGUCCGGGGCGAUUUGCUCCAUUGACUGACGGUGGUAACGGAAACAUUCGUGCGUUUUCGCAAAAUGAAAUCGGACACAAAAUGAACAUACGCCAACAACAAUGUCACGAAUAGAGCUUGAAAUGUUCGCCUGAGUUGAAAACUCCUCUCUCAGUCAUCAUCGCGUUGCAAAGGCGCGCACGCUAGGAAUGCCGAAUGUUAAAAAGCGCAUUAUUCGCCAUUCCAGUCACACAGGAAUGGCCGGUAGGCAGACACAAGUUAAUCGUUGGUUUUCUCGAGUUCCGAGCGAGCACUAGUUUUGUAUAUAGCGUGUAGCUACUUUGUAAUAUGUAUAGGUUUAUGUCAGUGUAAUAGCAUAUGCACUGCGCGUGUAUGUAGGAUGAUCAAAUAGUAACGAGAUGUACGUAUAUUUAAAGUAUGCGCAUACUCACACGUCUGACAUUAUUGUCGUACGUAUGUUUAAAGUAUGCGCAUACUCACACGUAUUACAUUAUUUAUUCAGUAUCACCAUCAUCCUCGGCCAUGGUAAACCCAGUGCUAGGGAAAAUCAUCCCGAAGCCGUCACCACCUCGCACGAUCCGGCGAUAUGAGCAUCCAUCCAGCAGCAUAUGCAUCGAACCGAGGCUAUCGCCGCAACUUCUUAGUGGUCGUCACCUUUCGAUUUAAAGCUUCUUUCGUGACU